CACGACAUUGCCUGACAAGGUGCUCUGCUGGAAUGAAGAAUCAAUCGUAUGCGUGGAGCUUUGAUGUAUCCUCUUUUAUGGUCCUCAUAGGCGAGGCUGAGGAGUUCAAUUAUCGUCUUAUGCAACGCUCUUUAUGUGAAUGCCUAACGGCAGCUCCCGUAGCUGGAUUGCAAUCCUAUAUCCGUACAAACUAUGCUCUUUUAGAAGCAACGGGCUUUUCAUAUUUCUCACCUCGAGGAUGUACCACGGCACCACUAAGAAAUAUGAGGCUUGUGCAGAGUAUUAGUCGCAACAAAUUCUUGCGAGAUGGCUCUUGUAAGGUCUACCAGAUCCGCUCGACCGACGGAAGUCGAAGCAAUGUUAAUAUGCUGAGCAUCGCGGCAGUAGCAAGCUGGGUGGUGUUCGCUGCGAUCUUGAUAUUUUCUCUGGUCCUUGGAGAGACGACCUGGAUUGGCUUGUCGGCUUGCGUUCUUCUUACAGCGUGGAGUAUCAUUUUGAGAGUAGGGGAGAGGUACUGCCUGCAGCCAGCAAUAUGGAAAGCCUUCCAAGCAGGUCAUUCAGAUGCAAUAUACGUUCUUGGAAGACGAAAUUCUUGCUUUAUCCUACAAGGGAGUAGGAAAGAUGUGGUAAAGUGGACAGGGCAAGGGCUUGAACAGAAAGAAGGAGAAUUAGUUGAACGCCUUUGUGUAGGCAUGAGGAUUGGGAGUUUGGCGCUGUUGCUCUACUUCUUAAUCGUUAUUCCGAAUGGGACCACCAUUGAUCAGUUGGCUUUCAUUGUGUUGAAUACGAUGGGCCAAGUAAAUGUUAUACUGGGACAGAAUCUGAACGCGAAAGCCUGCUUUGAACAGCUUGAACUGGUCGAGGAGAUGGCAAUGCCAACAAGGACUCAUGUAUAUGCAUAUUUGCUAAGGAAAUUUGGCAAUGGCAGUUGGGUAGAGAAAGCGGACCUUUUGCCACAAACCGAGGUUUGGCUGAGGUGGCGGGAUGCAGUCACCUCCAACCUUAUUAUCGACCCGAAAGAGCAGUAUGGUAUAUGCAUGGAAGAGGAGAGUGUUAGGGAAGGGAAAACCAAGAAUGUUGAGGUAGAGGAGGUAGAGGAAAUACCGGGGAAAACUCAGGAAGAUAAAACUGUGUUCAAGGAAGUGAAACAGCAUCGCGUUGACGAAAAACAAGUUGAUGGUCGGAAGUAAACCAACACAGUCAUUAUUUUGUUAAAUUUUUAAGCAUAUAAAUCGAAUAUUGAUGGGGGUUAUUUAAGUUGCAUCGGAGAGAUUCGAUGGAGGCUGUCAAGGAUGCUUUCAUUAGGGCAAAGUUAUACAAAAUUAAACAUCUC